UGGGACCGGAGAACAACAGAACAGGGACCGGAGAGCAAGAGACCACAGAACAGGGACCGGAGCACAGUGACCUGAGAGAAGAAAAAGAGUGACCGGAACUGAGAGAAGGAGACCGGGACUGUAUAGCAAGAGAACAGGGACCGGAGAGCAACAGAACAGUGACCGGGACCGGCGAGAAGGAGACCGGGACUGUACAGCAACAGAACAGUGAACGAGACGGCGGCACAGUGACCGGAGAGGAGACCGGGACCGGACAUCCAGGACAGUGCAGUCCACCCCCGGACAUCCAGGAUCGGCUGCUCCGGACACCCCCGGUCGGUCAGUGAGGGGAUUCGCUGUCGUGUUGCACGGUCCGGAGCAGGAUGGUAGAGAACACCAGUGUCGCCAGCAAAUCUGCUUUGCAGGCAGCUUUUUCGCCCCCUACGUCUCUCCCGUCUCUGCUGGUGUCGGCCUCCUCCCACCAUAGCUCACCUUUCCCCAUUCCCCGUCCUUCCCAGCCUUCCCAGUCUCUUUCCUCAGGUGGCGGCGGCGGUGGUAUGAGGCUUGAGGCAGUCAUGGAAAACCUGCAGCGCCAACAGGCGGCUCGAUUGGCCUUAGAAGAGAAAUUGAGGCAAGAGAAGGACAGAGAGCUUCGUUGUUUGGUGGAAUCCAGAAUUCAGCAGCAGGCGUUGGCCAUACGGCACUACCAGGCGGCUGUGAGAGCAGCAGCGGCGGCGGCAACAGUCGUCACGUCACCUCCAAACACAAACACCAUGAGUACAACCACCACCACAACCAGUACAUCCCCUAUGAACUCGACCGUGUCCCAGAUCCGUCCUACUUUGGUAUAUUCACGGACACCAAUCCAUCAAUCCGAGGAGCAAGACUCCAAACACAAGAGCGAUGGUGAAGAAGCCGACUUUGAAGAUGAAGACAUGGAAGAUGAGGAUGGGGAGGAGGAAGAUGAAGAAGAUUUGGAGAUGUCUUCAAACGUACAACGACCCAAUUCACCGGACAAAGUAUUGCCAAGGAUCGGUCACUCUCAGAUGCCAAACACCAGUUCACAGUCUCAGACGUUAUCGCCCAAUGGACAAACGGGACAUCACGAGUGGACGUAUGAGGAGCAGUUCAAACAGCUGUACGAACUGGAUGAGGACCCCAAAAGGAAGGAAUUCCUGGAUGAUCUGUUCAGCUUCAUGCAGAAAAGAGGAAAAGUGUCGGGAAGUUUCUUUGUGAUCUGGAGACUUUUCCAGAUGAGAAAGUGUUUAUUGCUUCAUCUCCGAUAA